AUGUUAGUGGUUAAGAAUUCGUUACUCACACCUAUGUGCGUUCGUACACGUAAAGUUGCACUGUUAACUCUUUCCCGUGAAGGAAGACAGUUAGAAGAAGUGUCAACCUCGUCAGAUCUGCAACUCCCCCCGGGAUUCAAUUUACCUGCGAUCACGCAAGUCGCCCGCAAUUGGUAUGUGAUGUCCUCUGACCCGAUCGGGUCGAUAGUGACCCGGGUCACGAGGGAACGGACUGGGAAGCAGAACGUGACCUUCGGCUUGGAGACAGGUGGACCUCCAACACCUUUUGCGAUCGACCCUCACACAGGCGUUGUUUUUGUUAAUGAUACGCUUGCAGAUAAGGAAAGUAAAUCAUACUCUCUCUGGGUAACGGCUGAUGAUGGUGUGUCACUCCCGCAAAGAACAGAAGUAUUUGCAACCGUCACAGAUGCGUCUGGAGCCCGACCAAAAGUGCCAAGUCCGCCAGCCUUCGCCAUUUCAAAUUAUAAUACUGCUAUGACGCUACAACCAAAUUUUCCUUUACCACCUCAAAGAACCACCAAAGCAACAGAAGGAACAGAAAAAGUACCUGAAACAACAGUCAUUACAACUUUAAGUCCACCUAAACCACCUGCAGAUGUUCCGCGAGAAGAAAAAAAUAAAGUUGGCAUUAAAGAAACAAAAAAUAAUACAAAUGAGGAAACACGACCGAGUAAUGAAGUACCCUUAACUGUUAUACCGUUAGUUGCGAUUGGUGCUUUAAUAGCGAUCGUAGCUGGUGUCAUAAUAUUUGUUUGGAAAAAGAGGCAUGUAAAAGGAAAGAAAAGUACGAAGGAUGAUAUGAGCAAAGACUCAAGUGGGAUUGUUCUGCAAGAUUCGUCUGGCAACUUGUGGGAUCGCCCACGUGCUUAUUCCAAUCAGUACAAAUCUUGGGACAGCGGUCAUUUGCAGAUUUCAGAAGAGACUACAAUAAGCAAAGAAGAUCCCACAGAUGAGUGGGAGUUUCCUCGUCACCACCUCAAGAUCUUUAAUAUUGUCGGCGAAGGGGCUUUCGGUCAAGUAUGGCGGGCACAGGCUGUUGAUAUUGAUGGAAAGAAAGGCGAACAAACAGUAGCUGUAAAAACAUUGAAGGGCAACGCCUCGGAGAAAGAAAAAACGGAUUUGUUACAGGAGUUAGCUGUGAUGAAGUCAUUGGGGACGCAUCCAAACGUCGUGAGACUCAUUGGAUGUUGCACAGAAAAGGAACCUACGCUAGUGAUUAUGGAAUUCGUCAGCUUGGGUAAGCUACAGCAGUUCUUAAGGGACUCGAGAGCUGAACGUCACUACGGAAAUACUCAUGGAGGGAGCCGGUUCCUCACAUCACGUGAUCUAACACAUUUCGCCUUCCAAGUGGCGCGCGGAAUGGACUUUCUUAGUUCUAAGGGAAUAAUACACAGAGAUUUAGCCGCUCGCAACGUGCUGAUAACAGAUGAGCGUACAUGUAAAGUUGCUGACUUUGGAUUUGCACGAGACGUCGCAGGAACGCAUGUAUAUGAACGAAAAAGCGAUGGCCGUUUACCAAUCAGAUGGAUGGCCCCAGAAUCAUUGUAUGACGACAUAUUUAGUGUGAAAUCGGAUAUUUGGAGCUUUGGGGUUUUGCUGUGGGAGAUCGUGACCCUGGGUUCAACUCCUUAUCCUGGCCUAUCAGCUGGUGACGUCAUGAGAAAGGUGCGCGACGGUCAUCGCCUGGACAAACCGGAACAUUGCCGUCGAGAGCUUUUCAACAUUAUGUACUAUUGUUGGGAGGCGGAACCGAGCUCAAGACCGGAAUUCAAAGAAAUCGUCGCUAUGUUAGAGCGAUUGUUGUGCACUGAAAUGGACUAUAUUGAAUUAGAACGAUUCCCUGACCAUUCAUACUACAAUGUACAACAUUUGGAUGGCGAAAAACUCUAA